UGAACACAUCAACCCAGUACUCUGCAUUGGCCGAGUGGUGUCUUCAAUGCAGUCACUGGUUCCCAGGAGUUUUGGGAAAAAGUAUUUUCCCAUCUAAGCAUUAUGUAUAGAGAUCCUACAAGCUGCAUCUCUUUGGGGAAACCGCUUUAGGUAGGGUGAUCUGUCUAUGGGACACCAUACUAACAUGUUAUUAAAAAAAAAUGAAAUGAUACACUCCUUGUGUUUGUUCAUAGCUCUAGAUGGAUGUAGUCAAUAGUUUCACCUCUUCCAAUAAUUAGUAAUUAAACUGAUUUUGUUUUAUUUAACCAGGUAGGCUAGUUGAGAACAAGUUCUCAUUUACAACUGCCACCUGGCCAAGAAAGCAUAGCAGUGUGAACAGACAACAGUUACACAUGGAGUAAACGAACAAAUCAAUAGCACAGGGGAAAAAAGGAGACUACAUUGUGUGCAAAAGGCAUGAGGUAGGUGAAUAAUUACAAUUUUAGCAAAUUAACACGAGUGAUAAAUUAUCAGAUGGUCAUGUGCAGGUAGGUACUGGUGUGCAAAAGGCCAGAAAAGUAAAUAAAUACUAUGGGGAUGAGGUAGCUAAAUUGGGUGGGCUAUUUACCGAUGGACUCCGUACAGCUGCAGUGAUCGGUUAGCUGCUCAGAUAGCAGAUGUUCAAAGUUGGUGAGGGGAAAUAAAACUGAGGGGUGGUCGUUUGACUGCGGAUACAGGCAAUGAUCGCUGAGAUCCUGAUUGAAGACAGGUGUAUUUGGAGGGCCAGUUGGUCAGGAUAAUGUUUAUGAGGGUGCCCUUGUUUACAUAUUUAGGGUUGUACCUGGUGGGUUCCUUGAUUUGUGUGAGAUUGAGGGCAUCUAGCUUAGAUUGUAGGGCUGCCGGGGUGUUAAGCAUAUCCCAGUUUAGGUCACCUAACGGAACAAACUGAAGCUAGAUGGGGGCCGAUCAAUUUACAAAUGGUGUCCAGGGUACAGCUGGGAGCUAAGGGGGUCGGUAGCAGGUGGCAACAGUGAGAGACUUAUUUCUGGAGAGAUUAAUUUUUAAAAUUAGAAGUUCGAACUGUUUGGGUAUGAGCCUGCAAAGUAAUGUCAUACUUUCCAGGUCAUCUGCAGUAGACUGCAACUCCUCCCCCUUUGGCAGUUCUAACUUGAUGGAAAAUGUUAUAGUUGGGUAUGGAAAUCUCAAUUUUUGGGAGGAGGCUUCUGAUGUUGACAUGCAUGAAACCAAGGCUUUUUCGUUUACAGAAGUCAACAAAUGAGGGUGCCUGGGGACAUGCAGGCCCUGGGUUUACCUCCACAUCACCCGCGGAACAGAGGAGGAGUAGGAUGAGGGCGCGGCCAAAGGCUAUCAAAACUGGUCGCCUAGAGUGUUGGGGACAAAGAAUAAAAUGAGCAGAUUUCUGGGCGUGGUAGAAUAUAUUCAGGGCAUAAUGCACAGACUGGUAUGGUGGGGUGCAGGAACAGCGGAGGUAAGCCCAGGCACUGGGUGAUAACAAGAGAUGUGUCUCUGGACAUGCUGGUUGUAAUGGGUGAGGUCACCGCAUGUGUGGGAGGUAGGACAAAGGAGGUAUGAAGAGUGGAACUAGGGGGUCCAUUGUAAACUAAAACAAUGAUAACUAACCUGAACAGUAUACAAAGCAUAUUGACAUUUUGAGAGGGACAUACAGUGAGACAUAAAGUAAUUGCAGGUGUUGAUUGGGAGAGUUAGCUAAAACAACAGCUAAUCAGCUAACACAACAGCAGGUAAAAUGGUGAUGACUAGGCAGAGAGGGUCAGAUUAACUACACACAGCCUGAGUUCGCGGCUGGGGCCGACAGAUAAAAAAUAUAUAAACAGAAUGGAGUACUGUGAUUAAUGGACAGUCCAGUAGGCAUCAGCUAUGUAGCCAAGUGAUCAUAGUGUCCAGUGGGCAGCAGUAGACUGAACAGGGGAGCCGCCACUAUGCUAGCGACACAGCGUUUAAAGUUAGUAGCCCUGGGCUAGUAGGAGCGUAUGCUCCGACGGAGGCCGGAUGAAGGCACAGCGGAUGGAGUAUUCGUCGGCAGACCAGUCGUGGUGGUGCGGCGGGGCGCCGUGUCGACAGAGAAUCCAAGCCAGAUGGCGAAAGAGGCACUACAGAGGGUAAUGCGUACGGCCCAGUACAUCACUGGGGCCAAGCUUCCUGCCAUCCAGGACCUCUACACCAGCCGGCAUCAGAGGAAGGCCCAGUACAUCACUGGGGCUAAGCUUCCUGCCAUCCAGGACCUCUACACCAGCCGGCAUCAGAGGAAGGCCCAGUACAUCACUGGGGCCAAGCUUCCUGCCAUCCAGGACCUCUACACCAGCCGGCAUCAGAGGAAGGCCCAGUACAUCACUGGGGCCAAGCUUCCUGCCAUCCAGGACCUCUACACCAGCCGGCAUCAGAGGAAGGCCCUAAACAUCACUGGGGCUAAGCUUCCUGCCAUCCAGGACCUCUACACCAGCCGGCAUCAGAGGAAGGCCCAGUACAUCACUGGGGCUAAGCUUCCUGCCAUCCAGGACCUCUACACCAGCCGGCAUCAGAGGAAGGCCCAGUACAUCACUGGGGCUAAGCUUCUUGCCAUCCAGGACCUCUACACCAGCCGGCAUCAGAGGAAGGCCCAGUACAUCACUGGGGCCAAGCUUCCUGCCAUCCAGGACCUCUACACCAGCCGGCAUCAGAGGAAGGCCCAGUACAUCACUGGGGCUAAGCUUCCUGCCAUCCAGGACCUCUACACCAGCCGGCAUCAGAGGAAGGCCCUAAACAUCGUCAAAGACCCCAGCCACCCCAGUCAUGGACUGUUCUCUCUAUUACCGCAAGGCAAGCGGUACCGGAGUGCCAAAGUUUUUACCCCCAAGCCAUAAGACUCCUGAACAGGUAAUCAAAUGGUUACCUGGACUAUUUGUAUUGUGUGUCCCCCCAACCCCUCUUUUACGCUGCUGCUACUCUUUGUUUAUCAUAUAUGCAUAGUCACUUUAACUACACAUUCAUGUACAUACUACCUCAAUUGGCCCGACCAACCAGUGCUCCCGCACAUUGGCUAACCGGGCUAUCUGCAUUGUGUCCCACCACCCACCAACCCCUCCUUUACGCUACUGCUACUCUCUGUCCAUCAUAUAUGCACCCUAGUGGUUAGAGCGUUGGACUAGUAACCGAAAGGCUUUGCAAAUCUGUCGUUCUGGCCCUGAACAGGCAGUUAACACACUGUUCCUAGGCCGUCAUUGAAAAUAAGAAUUUGAUCUUAACUGACUUGCCUAGUUAAAUAAAGGUAAAAAAAAUAAAAAUAAAUAUGCAGUCACUUUAACCAUAUCUACAUGUUCAUACUACCUCAAUCAGCCCGACUAACCAAUGUCUGUAUGUAGCCUCGCUACUGUAUAUAGCCUCGCUACUGUUAUUAUUCACUGUCUUUUUAGUGUUGUUUUUAUUUCUUUACUUACCCAUUGUUCACCUAAUACCUUUUUUGCACUAUUGGAUAGAGCCUGUAAGUAAGCAUUUCAUUGUAAAGUCUACCUGUUGUAUUCAGCGCACGUGACAAAUAAACUUUGAUUUGAACACAGAUAA